UCAAAAUCUUUUACCCUUCUUGGGAUUUUCUCAAUUUUUAUUUCUUUUCAUAUCCUUUUCUGAUUUUUUUCCCCCAUUAUUAUUCUUAGUGUGUAGAUAAUUAUAAUUAUAGUUUUAUUAUGGGUAGGGUUAAACUUCAAAUAAAGAGAAUAGAAAAUACUACGAACCGGCAAGUGACCUUUUCAAAACGCCGAAAUGGCCUCAUCAAGAAGGCAUAUGAGCUCUCUAUCCUUUGUGACAUUGAUAUUGCCCUCAUCAUGUUUUCUCCUUCUGGCAAGCUCAGCCAUUUCUCCGGUAGACGAAGGAUCGAGGAUGUGCUUGCUAAAUAUCUCAAUCUAUCAGAGAAUGAUAGAGGAGGAGCUUUCCAAGAUAGAGAGUAUUUGAUAAGGAUGCUUAAAAAGCUGAAGUGCGAGAACGACAUGGCAACCCAGUUAGCCAAUCCUGGAGUGGUUGAUUCUCAUUUAGAGGAGCUCCAACAAGAGAUUGGUAGGUAUCAACACCAAUUGCAGAUAUCCGAGGAACGUCUAAGGUAUAUUAACAAAAAAAACCAAGAAUUAUAUGUCACAAAAUAUUUGCUGAGUAAUCAUCUAUCGUCCUAUGAUCCAUCCUCCUCUAACUUGCAGAUGUUCCUGCAACCUCCUCAAGAGGGAAUGACCAAUGCAUUUGGGAAUGAUGUGGGCCAGUGGAUCCCAGAAGGAGCACCCAGCUCUAACAACCAAAUUUUUAUGGUUCAUGAUUCUCUACUGCCCAUUAGGGAUCAUGGAAUUUAUGACCCCAUGUCAUCGGGUGCUGGUCUACAAAUGGACCCACGAAUAGCUGGCUGCCAAAUCGGCAACCAGAAUGACCCGUGGCAUCAAGCGUACACGUCAACAGAGCUUCUCACGGCUUUUAUUCAACCCAACCCUUUUCCUAUGAUGCAGCGACCAAGCGCAUCCCAAGAUUUGCCGCCAAUAGUCUCACAUGAGCCCGCAGAAGCCACAACAAGCUGCUCACACGUGCCAGAGGAAGAUAGUGGUACAUGUGUCCAAACUUUUGAAGAAAACUCAAAUAUGAAUGCCAACUAAUGUCCGUCAAUUUAUUUGAUAAAUAUCCCAAAUAUCCCAGACUAUUUGUAUGUUUGGCAUGUAUAUUACUUUUGGAGCCAAGGGCUUUUGAAAUUGUAUCUAAUGAAUUUGAAAAUUUUAACC